GCGAAACGAAGAUUUUCCCCGACUUGGAUUUCGGCCCGAUUCUCGCGCGGGAUACGCGCGAAGAUGAGGAUCGGGGAAACGUAGGAGUCGUAGAUGCCGAUCGAGGAUAUCUUUGACGAGGAAAUGUGAGAUCCAGUUGACGAUUAAUUCAGACGAGAGACGAUUCGUAGAGACGAUCGAUCGAGAUCUUGGAUGAAUUUUUUUUAGAUUUUUGUUUGAAACGAACGGACUUCUCGAACGAACGAACGAUUUUCAUCCUCUUAUCGUUUCGAUCCUUGUAUUCGAUGCUGUUACGCGGUGAGGGGAUAAGAGAUAAAAUUCCUUUUUAACGAAAUUAUGUAAAUUGUCGUCCGAUAAGUGUGUGAAAGUGAAGAGACGAUUGUUCGACGAUUCGUGGACACUGUGGACGAACGACGAAAUUUAAACGAUGAAACAAGCAGAAAAUCUUAGGUCGAAGUACAUUCAACACAUGUACUUUGACACACCUGACACGUGUUGGAGGCAUCCCCAGAGGAGAAGCCAGUCUUUUCCGCUAAGCAGAAGCAGGAGCCCGGAAUCACCGACGAACUAUUAUUCCUCGAGUUCUUACAAGCCGCAAAAGAGCCAUAUGUGUUCCGGCCCGAUGUACUCGAAGUAUACCUCGCAUCACGGUUCGGACGCUGUGUACAUGCAGGCUCGGUCCAAAUCACACCGAGACGUGCACCAUCCAUCGAGCUUGUCGCCCAAGAGAAAGAUCCACUACGACGACGAGCUAGGCGACAUCGAGAAAUUGAAACUCAUCGACGAGGAAUUGGGGAACAUCGUGGAGGGAAAUAUGGACGAGAACGUGGAAGAGGAGAUAACAGCGGAAGAGGAUCACGAGUUCUUGGACAAGGAUUACGAGGAGCACGAAGCGGACGACGAGGUGGAAGAGGAGUCCGACCCGACCCCCCACGCUCAUAGGUCUCAAAGAGGGAACAAGACCGAGGCGAUGUUGAAACAACGAUGGAGAUCCGAGCAACAGCCGGACCCGCGAAGAAUCCGUGGCCAGCAACGUGUUACUUUGUUAGACAAUUCUUCUCCCAGGUACUAUCACAACGUGGCCGAGCACGACAUAUCCGAGCCCUUAUCAGAAGAAGAUUUCGUCCGAACGUCGAUGAAGACUUCGAAGCGGCAGCCCACUGAUUAUUACUGGGUGCCGAGGAACGACCCAGAUCGAUACGAGAACGUGACGCCAAUAAUGCGACGAGCCCGCACCAAACCGGAUAUGGAUCGUCUGAUAGACUCGGAGAUGAGCAAAGCGAGAAGGUGCAAUCGGUGCGGUAACCUGUCGAGCAAGAAGAACGAGCCGCCCGUGAAGAGCACUUGCAGAUUCGACGAUUCUGCGAAUAUUCCUAUCAAGGGAUCAAUCGGUGACGAGGCCGAGAAUCACGAACAAUUAUACGGCCGUUGCAAGUAUGCCACGAAGGACGCGAACGCCAUGGAUAUCCCAACCCUGUACGCGAUGAAAUCACGCAGAUCCCGAGACACGAAGUCGCCGAUAUACGACAUUCCCGAGCACGGGCAGGACAAGCUUUCCCCCGAGUAUUGCCGAUCCUCGAGAUAUCCAAGGAAAUCGGACGCGUUCAUGGAGAAGUCGAAGAGGUCGUUGCACACGUCCCACGGCACCGCGCGUAUACCCCCCCGAUAUGUGGAAUAAAAUCGUUCGAUUGAAAUAUACGUACCAAGGAAGAAGGAUAAUAACCCGAGACGACUAGAGAACCACCUGAAAAGAGAACAAUUCGAGAAAUAUUCCAAUUUAUUCUCACGGAUUCUUCCUUCCCUCGUCUCCAACCGAUUUCUCGCCACUAUUUUCGUAUAAGGAAUUCGUCCCUGCUAUCACUGUCUAAGAAUGUAUGUGUCGAACAAUGAUAGAAACAAUGAUAGAAUGAUAUCUCGCCUCGUUG